GAUAAAAAUUUUGUUGGUGAGAUUUCGCAAAUCAUUGGACUUCAAAAAUACCUUCAGUUUGGAACUGUUGAAGAAACCUUUCAAAAGCUGAGGUCUACCUUUGACAGACAUAUGAAAGAUCUCAAUUUUUCUACUUCUAUCGAAAAUAAGCAUCAGAUGGAAAAAGAUAAUGAAGCUUUAAGAAAAGAUGCGGAGUUCCUUAAAAAGUACUUAGAUAAUAUCGGCGGUGAUAUUACAGAUUUAGAUCACAAAAUUAAUAAUCAUAUUAGUGAAAUUGUUACACUUAAAAAUACUUUUGAAAAGCGUCAUUACACAUCCCAGAUUAUUAAUACAGUUUGUGAUGAAUUUUUAAAAAUGGAAGAUUAUAGUUCUCCAGAAACCUUCCGUGGAAAAAUUGUAAAACGAACUCGAAAAAUUGAUGGUGUUGAAUUAUCGUUCAAAGAAUUGCAUAUUUCUCAUGAUACACAUAACUUUGAAGUAUCAAUUCUUAAACGCAUAAAUAAUUGCCAUGGAAUUAUUAAAAUUUUUGGUCUAGCCAAAGAAAGUAAUGUGUUAUAUUUAGUGACAGAAUGGGCCGAAUUUGGAAAUUUGAAAGAAUAUUAUAGUAACCAUGAUGUGGAUUUUGAUUUAAAAUUGAAAUUUGCACUAGAUGUGGUACAUGGGUUGAAUUUUUUAACAUCAAUAAAGAUCUUGCAUCGUGAUGUAAAAUCAGACAACGUUUUAAUUACUAUUGACAGACAUGCGAAAAUUGCGUAUUUUGGAUUAAGUGAAGAGUUUGUCACUGCCACCAGAAAUGUUGGUUUAGAUAUUCAAAGCAUUCGAUACACGGCACCGGAAAAGUUACUUAACCCUGAAUAUAAAUAUGACAUUAAGUGUGAAGUAUAUAGGUAA